ACACUGCUCAAUCUCGAACCCUUCCACGUGGAUACUCUUCUCCAAGUCUCUGAGAUCUUCCGGUUAGGUGAUGACUCUGCAAUGGCUGCAAUGUUGAUUGAGAGAGCCCUGUAUGUUUUGGAGUCUUCUAGCCAUCCAAUGUUUAAUAUUGCUACUGGAGCUUGUAGGCUGCAGUAUCGGCAGCAGGAAAACAGGAGUUUUUUCAUAGCUCUAUUUAGACAUAUCUUAAAUGUGGGCCGGAAAGGGUGUUACCGCACGGCCCUUGAGCUCUGUAAAUUGCUCCUCAACCUCUCCCCGGAUGAUGACCCACUGGCUGUCUCUCUCAUGCUUGACUUUUACGCUCUUCGAGCUCAGGAAUAUAGUUGGCUUGUUGCUCUUUAUGACCUCUACGAACCCACCAAAAAUUUAUCUAUGUUGCCAAGUUUCUCGUUCUCUGUUCCCCUGGCCUUAUUCCAUUUAAGUGAAGGAGUCAACCAUCCUAUAGGGGGAGAUAAGAGAGACACCAACAGAGCUGCAUUUCUCGCUGGAGAUCUAGGAACACGAGAGCAAAUGAGAGAAAGGGCUGACACCAUGCUGCAGCGUGCGUUGAUCAUGUUCCCAGGGGUGCUGAUGCCACUGCUCGACAAGUGUAGUAUUCAGCCAGACCCUGCAGUCACUAGUCAUGUCUUCUUUGGCCCCACUGCACAGGAUGAGCAGAGCAAAGGGCUUAGUCAGAUAGUCAACUUGUACUGUGGAAGAAACUACCAUGUAUGGAAAGAGGCAGGAGUCAUGUCAUGGCUGGAAGAAAAUGUCAAAAUAGUAUUGGAACGUGUGGACAGGGAGGACCCAUUAGUCAAAGAAGGACAGGAGAUGCGCAAAGUUAGAUACCAGGGAACACCAAUGGCCAUCUAUAGACAUAUUAUUUUAGCGGAGAUCAAGGAUGCAACAGCCUCUCUGCCUCCAGCUCUUGCAAACACACCAGUCAUGAGUUUUGACCCCUUGCCGCCUCCUGACUCCAUCUGUGGCUACAGUCGGCCCAUUGUGUCAGGGCAGCAAAAUGCGGCAUCUUCCAACAUUUUGGCGUCUUUCUUUCGAUCUCUCUUACCCAACUACAACCCUAAUGCACCAGAUGCAGCAGAGAAUGCCGAAGGAGCUGCUGCGCUGGACGAGGCUGUGGGAGGAGCAGAUGGCGAGGAUGGAGAGAACCGAGGGAUGGGGGGUGACCUGCGGGCGUCAGUGAACACUCUGCUCUUUGCAAUGAGAGAUUUGCUGUCGAACAUGCACCUACCUGAGCCACAGGUUAACGACGCAGAUCAAUCGGAAGAUGAGAAUCACGAAUGGGAUUAAUGGCAUUGUAAAUGAUCGACCUGUGAGAUGGAAGGGAAGGGUUGGGGAUGGGGUUUGUUAUUGUUGCUGGAUGUCUCAUGGUGUUUUUUUUUUUUUUUUUUUUUUUUUUUUAAUAAUUUCCUUAGUUGGGCAUUUUUUGGGGGAGGGGGGAGGAUUGUUUAUUUGUAAGGUAUUCUCUUCAGUUGCUCUUUUCCUUUUGUGAAUGGAAAUGAUUAUUUAUAUUGUAUGAAGGAUGUGAUUCUUUUCUGUCUUUCUUUUUGUUUGAGAUUGCACUUUUAUUUCUUUAUUAAAUUAGGACCAAAAGUUAAUCCAGAUUGUAGGACAUAUGCUUAUUUUGCAGUUGUGUAACAUGAGAACUAAAGAACCUUAAGAUUAUACUUUCAAGUUGUUAUGUAUCAGACUAAUGCAAAUUGUUUUCAAGUGCAGAAUUGGAAGGCAUGAAUCAUUUUAGAUGGGUAUUGGUAUAUUCAGUUUCUAAGACGGUACAGCUUAAGGCACGGUUCAGCUGCCCUUGUGUACGUGCAGGUCUAGCCGUAAGUAUGGCUAUCUGGGCCAAAUUGAUCACUUUGUUGUGAAAUCUUGGGGGCGGAGAGGAGCCAGCAAUAUCUCAAAUGAGAGGGUCUUCUUCAUCAAGUGUCUCUGGACUUUCCAGGAUACAGUUUCAAAUUAUUGUCUGUAAUUCAUGUAAAGAAAUUAUCAAUAUCUAGAAAGUCAACAAAAGGUAUAUUAGAGAUUUUAUAUGAAAUAUUUUGAGUUAAUCAUCACAAAAUUCGUUUUUUAAUACCAAAAACAAAUAAAUGAGAAAUGGCUGAUUUGAAACUGAGGAUCUAGACUCGCGUUGACAGCCCGUCUGAAUAGUGUUAAUAAUUUUGAAUAUGUAAAUUGGUUUCCAUGCUUCUUUCUUCAAAAAAUAUAUAUCGUGAAACAUGAAGCAAUGGUGAAAUGGAAUAAGUCCUUGUGCUCUAUGUUGUACAAGCGAAAGCUAUAUAUAGUCUAUUACAGCGGUGCUUUUUGCAGUUGGAACACUAUGUCUGGCUAGGCACUCGGACCCAAGUCAGGUCCUAGACAUACACAAGACCAUUUGAACCGUGCCUUAAAUGUUGUGGCAUCUCAUAAUAGGUGUAUGAAAUAUUGUAGGUAGGGUAAACUGUCCAUCUCUUUUUCAUACAUAGGCCUUGCUUGAACAUACAUAUGGUUUAUAUGUAGAACAUAAAGUGCGUAGUUCAAGCUUCCUUCCCAUUCAUCCUUCAGUUAUUAUUCAGGCAUUAGAUGGUGUAAUUUAACAUUCUUAACAUUGUUUGCCAUGUUUAGGGAUGGACAGCAGAAAACCACAACAGAGAAGGGUAUUGAGAACAAAUCCCCUGUGUGCUACGACUUCCCUGCCUUAUAACAGCUCUCAGAACUGCAUAGCUAGACCAGACGCAUGGCAAAAUUUUAAUGAUAGUGUAUGCUUUAGAGAAGGAAUAUGUAAUGAGGAAAAAAAAACAGCAAAAUACAAGAUUGUGCUUAUUUAAACCUAAACUGAAUUGGAAUGGAAACUUAUGUAUAGGUUGAUUUGAGAAAAUCCAGAUAUCUUAAUAUGAAUAGCAAUAUAAUCUUUCCAUUAUUUCUUCAGUUUAAUGUUAAGAUUAUGUUCAGUAUGUACAAUAAUUUGGCAGUGUGAGAGACUACUUUUUAAAAAUUGCUAAUAUCCCCCUAAAGUACUGUAUUCUACUAAAAUGAUAUAUUAUAUAGAACAUGAUGUGUUGAACUGGCUUGAGCUGGCACUUGUGUAUGAUACAAAUGGUAAUAAUAUGUACAAAGCAUCAUGGUUAGUAGUAAUGAAAAGGCUUUUAGCUCAUUGCAUAAUAGAAUAGCAUUUUCUUGCUGUGUAUUCAUUAUAUAAUCUGUGCUUUUAGAGGGAUAUCCUGUAGCUGCUGACAUUUUUGUUUAUAUCAUUACAUGCCAUAAGGAAUUAGAAGUAAAACUUUUGUCCAUGCUUUUACUGACGAAUUUUACAUCAAAGGAGACCUAUUUUGAAAUAAGCAAUGCCUUACUAUCUGUAAUUCUGAGGUUGAUAGAUGGUUGAUGAAACUACAAAGAAUAGAUCUCACCUGCUGUCUCCUACAAGGUGUUUAAGCUACUUGAUCAGGGCUUAAAUAAUAAUUUUAAAGAUAAAAAAAAAGUGAUUAUUUGUCAGAAUUAUUUGUCUGCGCUGCUCCAUAAUUCUCUCUAUCCAUCACCUCUGCUGUAUUUUAUCUUCAUUUUAUCAAAUAUUCAUGCUGGAUGAAGUUGGUCUACAAACAUCCUUUUGCCGGCAACCUUCCAACCUCUUCCACAAGGUACUCAAGCAAUCUGCUCAUGGCUAAACUAAUCUCAGAAAACUGUAUAAGGCAGUGAUUUCUAUCUUCUGCUUUGCUUUUUGUUGUAAUUCCCCCAUUUUUCUAUUGUGCUAUCAUGUGUAGCUUAUGUGCUCUUAUCUCUAGCAGAUUACAUUGGGUUAACGAAAAUCAUAAUUACUUUUUCUGUGGCUAGUACUGUAUGUUUUGAUAAGAAUAUAUAGUACACACAUUUUAUACUGUAAAGCAAACAAAUAUAGUAAUCUAAAUUAUUUGAUUUUAAAUUAUAUAUCUAUAUAUCCCAUGGAACUGUAAAAUUCUUUCAUAAACCUCUAUUUAAGUUUAAUGGGCUUGACCACCAGUAUUUGCAAUAUGCCAUUGCAAAGCAGUGUGUAUCAUAACAAUGAUGAGGACAGACGGGCAAUGAUGUUUGAUGAUAUAUGAGGAUUUUAUAAUCAUCUGGACUGCUUGGUUGCAAAGGAAUGCAGGUGAUCUAGGGUGAAGUAUGAAAUAUACAUCACUGAAAAAAUAGGAAGUCUAUAAGAAAACAGAAUUUAGUCUUUUCAGGACUUUAUAAUUACAAUUUUUUAAUUGAGAUUAAAACUUUCUACAAAGAUCUCUUGAGGGGGAAAUGUAGUAUACACUAGAUCAGGUCUAGAUAAACUUGAAUUAAUUUUCAGUGUUCAAGCAAUUAAAUAACUUUUCUCUAUGGCAGGAAAUGUGUGAUCCAACAUAGCCUUCAGUGGUUUUCUAAAUAUUUCAAAAGAAAACAGGAAACUCACUUCAGAAAGAUUAUCGCCUAUUCUCAUUUUAAAGAUAAUUUAUGGCAAACAUAGAAAAUGAGGAGUGUCAACCAUGUCUUCAGUUUAAUGAGAGGAGAGCAAUAUUUCACCCUUGGUCACACGCUGGGUAAUGGAUCUCUUGCACGCAAAGGGAGUGCCUUCAGGUUUAUUUUUGUAAUGCAGGAUAACAUCAGUUUAAAUGAUCUAUAUGCAUUACCUUUUGUAUUCACGUGAUUGUGAAGCAGCUUUGAAACAAGACUCGAGUCAUGUAUGCAAAUGCAAAUGUUAUUUUUAUUAAAGCCUGGAAUACCUUU